AUGCCUUCUUCCACCAAGCUUCCUACCCGUGCCUUGGGACGCAAUGGCCCUCAAAUUCCCGCCCUUGGCCUCGGUCUCAUGGGUUUAAGUACUUUCUAUGGAAAACCGGGCUCAGAUGAGGAGAGAUUCGAGUUCCUUGAUCGUGCUCAUGAGUUAGGCUGCACCCAUUGGGAUUCAGCUCAAAUGUAUGGCGAUAAUGAAGUACUUUUGGGCAAAUGGUUCACAAGAACUGGCAAACGCAAGGACAUUUUCUUGACCACCAAAUUUGGUAACCAUGUCACACCAGAAGGUGGUCGUGAGAUCCGCAAUGAUGCAGAGUACAUUCGUCAAUCUGUGGCGGAGAGUUUUGAGAAACUUCAGACUGAUUACAUAGAUUUGCUUUACUGUCAUCGAUUCACUGGAACUAUCCCAGUCGAGACAAUUGUUACAGUUAUGAAAGAAUUUGUCGAUGCUGGCAAAGUCCGCUAUUUGGGCCUCAGCGAGUGUGGUGUUGACACCCUCGAGCGUGCAGUGAAGAUUCACCCUAUUCACGCAUACCAAAUUGAAUACAGUCCAUUCUCUAUGGACGUCGAGAAACCAGAAGUUGGGCUUCUCGACUGCUGUAAGAGACUCGGUAUAGCACUCGUUGCCUACUCACCAUUGGGCCGUGGUAUUCUCACUGGUCAGUACAGAUCAGUUGAUGAUUUCGAUAAGGACGAUUUCCGACGAACAAUUCCCCGUUUUGCCACACAAGAGAACUUCGACAAGAAUCUGAAACUCGUUGAUACCAUUACCGCGAUCGGAAAGACGAAGAAUGCAUCGCCCGGACAAGUCACACUUGCUUGGAUGAUAAAGCAAGAUCCUCUCAUUUUCCCCAUUCCAGGUACUAAAAAGAUUAAGUACUUGGAAGAAAAUAUCGGAGCUCUUUACAUUGAUUUGACAGAUGAAGAGGAUCAGGAAAUUAGACAUGCAAUUGAGAGUGCGGAGGUAGUUGGUACUAGAGUUGCUGAGCAUCUCAUGGGUGUUCUUGUGGUUGACACACCUCCUCUCACCAAUUAA